AUGCUUCAACAAAGCCUCUUCACAAUCUUCAACCUCCUGCUCACUAUCUCCGCAUCUCCUCUCUACACUCAUUCUUCAAUAUCUUCGAGAGAUACUGCUCAAAUCCAGUCUACGCGUACUACAACAUGUUUGAGUAGUUAUUUUGGUGGUUGUUGUGUUGUGGAUGAGUAUGGGGUUUAUGGUUCUUGUACAAACGCAACAUUACUAGCCGAAAACGUCGCAUGGAAUGGUAUACCCACCACACUUACCGCAAAUGAAUGGGAAUGUACAAGUCCCAUUGAUGGAAAGAUAAUUAAUACAGGAUGUUGUGAAUGGAGUGAGAGUUACGUCGAUGUAACAUAUCCUAAUGGAGUAAUUGUUCCUACAUUGGAAAAAUCUAUGGCUUGUACAGCUAGUAGUGCUGGUGUUUCGAAAAGGGCCGGGGAGAGUGGAAAGAUUAUGUGA